GCACAGAAGGGACUAAAGCCCUCUUACAAACCCUAGGGAACUUAGGAUACAGGGCAUCUGCAAAAAAGGCUCAAAUUUGCCAAAAACAAGUGACCUACCUAGGGUACCAGAUAAAAAAAUGGACAGAGAUGGCUAACCGAAGCCCGUAAACAGACUAUCAUGAAUAUCCCAGUCCCUCAGGGCCCCCGCCAGCUGCGAGAAUUCCUGGGGACCGCAGGGUUCUGCCGCCUCUGGAUCCCUGGCUUUGCUGAAAUGGCAGCACCCUUAUACCCCCUAACAAAGCAAGGGACUCUCUUUACCUGGGGGGAAGAACAACAAAAGGCCUAUAAAGAGAUCAAAGAGGCCUUAUUAGCCUCUCCAGCCCUGGGUCUCCCAGAUCUGACCAAGCCCUUCGAAUUAUUCGUGGAUGAAAAACGAGGCUAUGCCAAAGGGGUCUUAACCCAGAAACUGGGACCCUGGAGGCGCCCUGUGGCUUACCUCUCAAAGAAACUGGACCCAGUGGCCUCUGGAUGGCCACCCUGCCUCAGAAUGGUGGCUGCAAUAGCUGUUUUGACUAAGGACGCUAGCAAACUGACUCUGGGGCAACCAUUGACUAUUUUAGCGCCCCAUGCGGUAGAGGCUCUAAUCAAACAACCUCCAGACCGCUGGCUCUCUAAUGCCCGUAUGACUCAUUACCAGGCCAUGCUCCUAGACACCGACCGGAUCCACUUUGGACCAGUGGUCGCUCUAAACCCGGCAACCUUGCUCCCUCUGCCGGAGGAUGCAGAGGACCACAACUGCCUCCAGAUCCUUGCAGAAAUGCAUGGGACUAGACCGGAUCUGACGGAUCAGCCCCUCCCGGAUGCUGACUUCACUUGGUACACAGAUGGAAGCAGCUUCCUGGACAACGGGGAAAGAAGAGCAGGAGCUGCAAUAACCACAGAGACGAAGGUAAUCUGGGCUGAAGCCCUACCACCAGGAACAUCGGCACAGAGAGCUGAGCUCAUCGCCCUAACCCAGGCGCUCAAGAUGGCAAAAGGUAAAAAGCUUAAUGUUUAUACUGAUAGCCGGUACGCCUUUGCCACUGCCCAUAUUCAUGGAGAGAUCUACCGCAGGCGAGGAUUACUAACAUCAGAGGGUAAAGAAAUUAAAAACAAAUCUGAGAUUCUGGCCCUGCUUGAGGCCUUAUUUUUACCCCAAAGACUGAGUAUUAUACACUGUCCAGGGCAUCAAAAGGGUCAUAGCCCAGAAGCAAGGGGUAACAGGCUGGCAGACGCCACUGCUCGAAAAAUAGCCCUCGAAAAAUCACUCUUCCAGGUUCUUUCCUUGACAACAGACAACGCCAAGCCUGUCCCACAACGCCUCCUCGCAUAUAGCAAGGAGGACAUAGACCUCCUAAAAGACAUGGGGGCUAAAUAUGACCCCGAAAAAGAACAUUGGACAUUUAAAAAUAAAUUAGUCAUGUCCACCAAACAGACUUACGACUUAAUUACCCAUUUACAUAAACUGACUCAUCUUAGCCCCAAAAAGAUGAAAACCCUCUUAGAUAAAGAGGAAGACAUUUACUAUCUACCAGGAAGAGAUGAUAUUCUACAUUUGGUGGCAAGAGGAUGCAAGGCCUGUGCACAAGUAAAUGCGGGGAAGACCAAACUGGGGCCAGGAAUCAGGGUACGAGGACAUCGCCCCGGGACCCACUGGGAAAUCGAUUUUACCGAAGUAAAACCUGGACUAUAUGGAUACAGAUAUUUGCUGGUGUUCGUGGACACCUUCUCAGGAUGGACAGAAGCUUUCCCCACCAAACAUGAGACAGCCAAGGUUGUAACUAAAAAGCUUCUAGAAGAGAUUUUUCCCAGGUAUGGCAUGCCCCAGACAAUAGGUACUGACAAUGGGCCGGCCUUCGUCUCCCAAAUAAGUCAGUUAGUGGCCAAGCUAUUGGGGAUUAAUUGGAAAUUACACUGUGCAUACCGACCCCAAAGUUCAGGACAGGUAGAACGCAUGAAUAGAACCAUUAAGGAGACUUUAACCAAAUUAACGCUUGCGACUGGCUCUAGAGACUGGGUACUCCUCCUUCCCCUAGCCCUUUACCGGACCCGGAACACGCCGGGCCCUCAUGGACUCACCCCAUUCGAGAUACUCUAUGGAACACCCCCACCAUCUGUUAACUUCUAUAACUCCAAUAUUGCCAAUUUUGCUAAUAACCCUUCUCUACAAGCUCAUUUGCAGGCCCUGCAGAUUGUCCAGAGAGAGGUCUGGGAACCAUUAGCGGCGGCCUAUCGGGAACAGCUGGGCAAGCCGACGGUGCUACAUCCCUUCCAGAUAGGAGAUACUGUCUGGGUCCGUAGACACCAGACCAAAAACCUCGAGCCUCGCUGGAAAGGACCAUAUACGGUGUUGCUGACCACCCCUACCGCUCUAAAGGUUGACGGCAUCGCCGCUUGGGUCCACGCUUCCCACGUCAAGGCCACCCAUCACCCCAAAGAGAAGGAGCCAACUGGGACAUCAACAUGGAGAGUCCAACGAACCCAAAACCCUUUAAAGAUAAGACUUUCUUAUGGGGCCCCUUAAUCAUACUUUGGACCAUAUUGGGAACAGCAAUCACAGGUGGUCCACAUCAAAUCUAUAAUAUCACCUGGGUAAUUACUAACACCGAGACUGGAAAAACUGCAAACGCAACC